CGUACAACUGCAGACUAGUACUCCCCUUCCCAUGGGAUCCCACUCCCCGAUCUUCUCUGCCAGCCUCCAUCAGUCGUAUCCUUCAACUACCUAAAAACAUAAGGAAUCCAAAAACCCGCUCGGAGUCGGAAAUACGCCUGAAAUCGAAAAAGGAAUAAGAAUUGCACCAAGAAAAGAGAAGCCCAAGAUACCCAAAUCAAUCACUCCUACAGAUUCAUUAUCCACUUCUAUUCAAUUCUGGAUAAAAAAGGUGCUACUUUCUUUUUUCUACUUCAUAUUUGUUUGCUUCUGCCAGAAUUUAAUGUUCGGGGGUAUUUCCGGGUGGUGACGAGUCUACGGGCUUCACAAAAUUCAACCCUUCCGCGGUUCUUUUGAUUCGAGAAGUUGGUAUCUUUAAUUUUCCUUGUGUUUUGUUAUUGUUCAUCGGAAUUGAGAUUUAGACAUAAAGAUUGGAACUUUCAGGAUAUUUAGGACAUGGGGUUUAUCGCAAUCCUGUAGUGGUUCUUGGAAUAUAGAAUGAUGCAACCCGUUGAAGCCGUAGGAAAUGGCAGUGUUGAUGAUGGGCAGAGGUGCAAAAGGGCUACAAAAUUGUGGAGGUGUAAAAAAAAGGCCAUGGAUGGGGAAAUUUUCUGUGAGAAACACUUUAUAUGGCACCGCGAGAAGAAUGCCAAACGAAGGCGUGGAUCAGUUUCGGGUUCGCAGAAUUUGAAUGGUGAGAGUAAGAGGAGACGUUUAGGUAAAUCUGUUGAAGGGAAUGGAAGCGUAGAAGGAAUUGCUUUGGAGGGUUCUGAAAUUGUAUCUGUUAGUGCAUCUCAAUCUGCUGUUAAUGCGAAUCAGCCAGUGAAGAAGAGGGGUCGGCCGAAGGGCUCAAAGAAUAAGAAGAAGAGAACUGAUGACAGUGGUUUAGUGUUUGUGGCAUCUAAUGUUGAUCGCAGAGCUAGUGAAACUGCACAUGUGAUUCUAUCUACCGGUGGGAGUGUAAAAAAGAGAGGCAGACCAAAGGGUUCAAAGAGUAAGAAGAAGCCCAUUGAAAAACAGCAAGGUUUUGAACCAUUGAUGUUGGAGAACAGUAAGAUAGAGGUAGUUGUAAAUGAAUUCACAAACAGAGACAAGAUAGUUAAGAAGAGGGGCCGACCAAAGGGCAAGAAAAAAGCUACUGUAGGUCGCCAGUGUGGUGAUGAAGGUGGACUGUUGAUGAUUGAAAAUGGAAAUAUAGGGAGAGUUGUGAAUGGGUUUUCUGUUUCUAGUGCUAAUAGAGAUGGGAUGCCAAAGAAGAAGGGCAGACCAAAGGGCAAGAAGAAACAAGACAUUGCUUUGACCGUUGAAAAUCAUCUCGAUCCUGAACCAUUGAUGGUUCAAAAUAGUCAAGUAGGGGCAGUUGGAAAUGGAGUUGUAGGUAAAGAUGGGAUACCAAAGAAGAGGGGCCGACCAAAAGGUUCAAAAGGUAAGAAGAAACAUGCUGUAGGUGGUGCUUUGGCUUUAGCAAAGAAAGAUGAUUUUGAGCCGUUGAUAAUUGAUAAUAGCGAGAUAGGGGUGGUUGUGAAUCAAUUCUCUGUUUGCAAUGAUGUAAACAUAGGAGGGGCACAGAGGAAGAGCGAUGUGCCAAAGCUUUUAGAAGAAAAUAAGAAAGAAACAUUUACCGUGACAAUCAGGAAGAGGGGCAGACCAAAGGGUUCAAAGGGUAGGAAGAGAACUAUUGUUGUAGGCGACAUGCCUCGGGCACGUGAAGACAGUGAGAUAGGGGUGAUUGUGAAUCCUUCAUCUGUUUCUAAUGUAAGCAGAGAUGUGGUACCAAAGAAAAUAGGCAGACCUAAGGGUUCAAAGGGUAAGAAAAAAACAGUUUUAAGUGAUGAAUCUGUGGUUUUGAUAUCAUUGCACAGUCAGAAUGAUGGGGAUGAAGGUAGUGGUGAGACUGUUGAAAAGGACAAGCGUGAAGGAAAUAGUUUUCUAGCAGAAGAAGCUGGGACAGUCCUUAAUGAAGUUACUAAUGAUAAUGGAUGUAGGAGAAGCGCCAGGGCUUCAACCAGAAUAUCAGAUGCCAUGGUUUGGAAGCAGAGUGGGGGAUUAACGUGCCACCAAUGCAUCAAAACCAAUAAAACUGCCAUAGUCUUGUGCUUGAAAUGCAAAAAGAAACGCUAUUGCUUUGAAUGCAUUGCAAAGUGGUAUCCAGAGAAAACAAAGGAAGAUAUUGAGAAUGCAUGUCCAUUUUGUUGCGGCAAUUGUAAUUGUACAACUUGCCUUCAAGCAGAUAUAACUCCAAAGUCCAACAGAAAGGAGCCUGAUGAAGAAACCCAUUUGCAAAGGUCACUGUAUGUGCUGUUAAAUGUUCUGCCACUUCUUAGGAAUAUUCAAGAGGAGGCAAGUGCUGAGCUAGAUGUUGAAGCCAGCAUACGAGGUGUCCAGUUGACAGAGGAAGAUAUAACCAAGUCCUUUCUUGACAAGGAUGAUCGAAUAUACUGUGACAAUUGCAAUACAUCCAUUGUCAAUUUCCACAGAAAUUGCCCAAAUCCCGAUUGUUCUUAUGAUAUUUGUCUCAAUUGUUGUCGGGAGCUAAGAUGUGGGGGUUUUCCGGGAGUAACCGGAUCCCAGUCAUCAUUUAGCUGCAAGUCUUCUGAAAGACAAAGUGAUGAAAAUGCUCUUUUGCUUGAGACGAUCUCUUCUAGUGUUGGGGAAAGGCCAUGUGAGAUGUCUUCCCUAUGGAAAUCAAAAGCUGAUGGUAGCAUACCUUGUCCUCCUAAGGAACUUGGAGGUUGUGGUUCUGCAAUGCUAGCAUUACGCCGCAUAUAUGAACCUAAUUGGGUGAAUGAACUGAUCAAAGGUGCAGAGGAUCUUACUUGCAAUUGUCAUUUACCCGAAAUGGAUUUCUCCCAAGCCUGUCAUACCUGCCUUGCUGCCACUUUGAUUGGAAAUGGUGAUCGACAUCUGAAUGUAAGGCAGGCUGCUUCCAGAGAUGAUAGUCAUGAUAAUUUACUGUAUUGUCCCGAUGCAAUUGGCUUGCCCGACGAAGAGUUUAUGCAUUUUCAAUGGCAUUGGAGGAGGGGCGAACCUGUCAUUGUGAGGAACACGCAAGCCAUGGGGCCCGGCCUCAGCUGGGAGCCAAUGGUAAUGUGGCGAGCUUUCAGAAAUGCAAGGAAAAAAUUAAAUGAGGAGAGUUUCUCUGUAAAGGCAAUUGACUGUUUGGAUUGGUGUGAGGUCGAGAUAAAUAUUCACCAGUUCUUCAGGGGAUACUUGGAAGGACGGAGUCAUCGCAGUGGGUGGCCAGAGAUGUUGAAAUUGAAGGAUUGGCCACCGACCAAGUUUUUCGAAGAAUGUUUGCCAAGACAUGGUGCUGAAUUUGUUUCCAUGCUUCCCUUCAGUGAUUAUACUGAUCCUAGAUCAGGUCUUCUGAAUCUAGCCACUAAGCUGCCUGUUGGGUCGUUGAAGCCAGAUUUGGGUCCUAAAACUUACAUUGCUUAUGGUUCAGAACAAGAACUGGGAAGAGGUGAUUCUGUAUCAAAGCUGCAUUGUGACAUUUCUGAUGCGGUCAAUAUCCUGACACACACAAGUAAAGUGAAACUUAAUUGGAAGCAGAGAAGAAAAAUUGCGAAAUUAAAGAAGGGUCACGAAGAAGAAGACUUGAAAGAGUUUUUUAGCAGGGCAAAUGAUGCACCGGAAUGCGCAACUUCCUUAGUUCAGGAGACAUAUUCAAACCAACCAAACCCCGACACCUCAGCACUUGUAGAAGAAGACAACAUGCUAACUGAACACCCUCUAGAUGUUGUACAUGGUGGGGCUUUAUGGGACAUCUUUCGUCGCGAGGACGUGCCUAAACUAACAGAAUACUUGCAGAAGCAUUGGAAAGAGUUUCGUCAUAUUAACAAUGUUCCUGUCAAUUCUGUCAUUCACCCUAUUCAUGACCAGACAUUUUAUCUGAACGAGAAGCACAAGAAACAGCUGAAAGAUGAAUUCAAUGUUGAGCCUUGGACAUUUGAACAAUACCUUGGCGAGGCUGUUUUCAUUCCUGCAGGGUGCCCACAUCAAGUUCGAAAUAAACAGUCGUGCAUUAAAGUUGCAGUUGACUUUGUAUCCCCUGAAAAUGUUCAAGAGUGCAUCCAAUUGACAGAGGCGUUUCGCAUGCUUCCCAAGUCGCACAGAUCUAAGCAAGAUAUAUUGGAGGUGAAGAAGUUGGCACUCUAUGGUGCUAGCGUGGCUAUUGAAGAGGCAAGGAAUCUAAAGAUGAAACUAUUAUCGCGUUUUCAUGGCUCAAGAGAAGGAGAGAGACACGGAGAUGUACACACAUUAGUCCGAUGUAGUCAUCAACCACCAGGGGCUCCAGAUUUGAUCCCAACGGCUUCCUCUUGAGAAUUAUACAGGACAUUAUUAUUUUGAUUUAUUUACAUUAGAUUCUGGAAAUCAUUUCAGUUGUGGAAUGCAUUCCAUUGUGUUUACCCACCAUUUUAGUUUAGAUAGAGGCAGAUGUGUUGUGGGAGAAGAGUGUAUAAUGCUUAAUUAGGUGUAAUGCCUUUACAUGUGACAUGAAUAAUACAAUGGUAGGUAUGGUUUACAUGAAAACCCAAUGUAAUGAAUAAUCCCUUUGUGUGAUGGUUGAUGAUUUAAAAUACUCUCUAAGAUCGAAUAUUAGCACUAUUGUUGAGAUCAAUGAUUAAUAAAUCCAUGUGAAGCACUUAUUUGAAAUUUACUAUCGUUUCAUAAAUAGUGUAUUUUGGA